GUCCAGCACUGAUAUGUUGACCAGGGAAGAAGCUGUCAAUCUCAGGCUCACGGCUUGCUAACAGCUAACGCCUUAGCUCAUUCAGAAACCGCUGCGCUUCGGCAGACAUGGAGUAGAGUGUUUAUAAUAACAGUGUGGAUAGAUGGAGAGGGAGAGAAAGAAAGAGAGAGAGAUCCUUUUAUUGAUCUUUAUUGAUCUUCGGGAUCAGUACCACAGUAGAACCAGGUAGACCAUCAUCCACAGACGUGUACGAUGUCAUCAGGCAGUGACACAGCAGUAGCUCCAGGUGGAGGCGGAGCUUCGGUCAUGGAGACGUCCAACUUUGCCCAUGUCAUCUUCCAGAAUGUGGGAAAGAGCUUCCUGCCUCAGGCAGCACUGGAGUGCCACUACACGCUCACACCUUUUAUCACCCCACACCCCAAAGACUGGGUUGGCAUCUUUAAGGUCGGUUGGAGCAGUGCCCGAGACUACUACACCUUCCUGUGGUCUCCCAUGCCUGAGAACUACACUGAAGGCUCCACUGUCCACAGGCUUCUUGUCUUCCAAGGGUACUACGUUCCCCGCAGUGACGGAGAGUUCUAUCAGUUCUGUUACAUCACACACAUGGGCGAGAUCAGAGGCGCCAGCACACCCUUCCAGUUCAGAGCGGCCACGCCCACUGGGGAGGAGCUACUGACUGUGGAGGAUGAUGGGAAUUCAGACAUACUGGUGGUUACAACUAAAACCGGCCUCCUAGAGCGGCGUGUGGAGGAAGUUCAACAGGAAUGCAAGGAGCUGCACAAAGCCCUUACUCUACUCACGCAGGAGAGAGACCGACUUAAAGAAGAACAGAGACAACACAAUCAGGAGCGACAGCACAGGCUGCGAGAGGAGAGAGAGCGAGCUCAGGCUGGAGUCAAACAACUGGAGCAAGACCUGCUGGGAGUCACACAGAAAGCAGUGCUUAAAGAGACAGAGUUAGAUUGUCUGAGAAGCAAGUUACAGAAGGUGACCAUGGAGAGGGAUAAUUUGGAAAUUCUGCUCAAAAAUGAGAGAGAUGAACGGGAGCUGUACAAGUCUCACAUGCGCAGUGCUGAGCUGGAGAACACUAAGCUGAGUGCAGAGCUGCAGAUGCUGAAGGCAGUGGAGCUGAACAGAGAGGUCACCAUCUCACAGUACCAAGACGAGAUACAAAGACUCCACGCAGAAAAAAAAACACACCCAGCAGAUGCAAUUCUAAUAGAGCAGUUGCAUCACAUGAAGGAGCAGCUCGAGGUCACACACCAGCGAGCGGUCAUGCUGGAUUCUGAGCUGCGUGAGGCAUGCAGUGAGCAUGAACGCACCAAGGCGGAGCUUGAGCGUGUCAGUCAAGAGGCUGAGAUGAUCCGGGCCAGUUUAGCCGACGCCCAGGAGGAGUGCAGAAUCGCCACGAGCCAGCUGCAUGAGCUGAGGAGCCAAACGUUACCGAAAACGGAGAGGGCAGAAGCCGUGUCGGAGCUGGAGGCUGAGCUGCAGAAGGAGGUGGAGGAGCUGAAGUUGAGGCUGCAGAUGGCUGCUGAGCACUACAAGGAGAAGUACAGGGAGUGCCAGCGUCUCCGCAGACAGGUCACCAAACUGACACACAAGCAGGAAACGCAGUCGGAGGACUGCACCAGGAGCGACGCGCCUGCAAACGCCACCCAGGAGCCGAACACCAGAGAGGACGCAGCGUUACCUGUCACAGAAAACAAGCCCGAGAUUCAGGAGUCUGCUGAGGAUCAAACAAGCGCAGAGCGGGGUGAGGGGGAGGGACAGAAAACGGAAGGGAAUCCGGAAGAGCAACAGGAAGAAGGGGAGGAGUCUAGUGUGUCCGUGGAGGCGGAGCUUGCUCGGAUGGAGGAGAGGUGGAGAGAGCAGUGCGUCAUCAGCGACAACUUAAAACUACUGCUGGCUGAUGAAGAGCAACGCUUUAGGGUGCAGUUAUCUGAGAAGGAUCGAGAGGUGUGUUCUUUAAGAGAGAGUCUAGCUGAGGUGAUGAAGGAGAAAGGGAAAGUGGAAGAGGAGCUGCAGGCGAGAGCAUGCAGAGAGGAAGGGGCUUAUGAACAGAGGUCAGAGGUCAGGGAGCCUGUGAUGUUGCGUUACCCUUUGCCCUAUCCUCACGACUCUCCCCCUCUUCCGCUGGUGCCCCAGCAACCUGCCGAGCUGCAGUACGGAAACCCCUACUGCGAGGAGAACACGCGUGAUGGUGCGGAUGGGGCGUUGUCACCACAGCCAAGUUGCCGCCCACCUCCGGUAGCCCCUCCCCUGUGGGCGGGGCCGGUGGUGUGCAGUCAGCCGCUGCGCAGUCUCAGUCCUCCGGACGGCCUGGAGAACCCCGCCGAGGAGCGGCCCAGCGGAGGUGAUGGUGAAGCUCCUGCUGUCUGCGACCAUCAAAGUCCAGAGUCAAAUGAAAGCAGCUCCGCCUUUUGUUUUGACACCCGGACUGAUGUCCACAAGCGCUGCCCGCUGUGUGAGGUUAUUUUCCCGCCGCACUUUGAGCAGUGCAGCUUCGAGCGCCACGUGGAGUCUCACUGGAGGGAGUGUCCCGUGUGCAGCGAGCAGUUCCCCCUGGACUGCCAGCAGCACCUCUACGAGAAACACGUUCUCACUCACUUUGACAGCAACGUGCUCAAUUUCGACAACUUCGAUUAGAACAGGCGCGACCCCGCCACCGGGUGAUGCCCUAACUGGGUGUUUUACGGUGGAGAACGCUUUGUUCAGCACUUUCCCCAUGAUGUGACUCGCCUGUGCGCUAACGGGCUAAACGCAUGAUUUUAUAGCACUAACAUUUACCAGUCAGUAUUCUGAGAUUUGCACAUAUGCGCGCACACACACACACACACAAAAUACUAUCUCUUAAAAGUGUCAGGUAUCGAUCUUUUUUCUCUCAUCUGUUCUUUCAGUACUUUAUUUAUUCUGAUGCAUUGGAAGCUGCUAUGAGAUUGCACUGUAACACGAUAGUGAAUAGCUUUAAAUGGAUGAGUGUAGACUCUAAAAAGAGAGAGAGAGACGUCUGUCUGUUGGCCACGCACUGGAUGUUUUACGUUGUGUUGAUUUUAUACGAUGACACCGGUCACGUUUAACCCUCUGCUGUGUGUUCUGUAACAGCUUUGCUCUGUAGCUGGUUUUGUGAUGUUUCCUGAUUUCCCAGUGGGACCAUUUAGAAGUCGCUGCAGGUUGGACUGGGGGAAGGCGGUUCUCAGAAAGUGCAGUGUGCAUUUUCAGGAUUUUCACUCUGGAGUGUGUUACAGUAGGUCUCUGAAAUCCUCCUGCUCGUCCUGACCAGGUAUCAAAUAAAGAAAUCAGAUCAA